AUGGCACGUGCAAAUGUUCGUCAACAGCUUCCAAGGUUAUGUUCAUCAUCUAUUUUGGGCAUACCAUGCAAAUAUGCUAAGAAAUGCACAUCGCUGCAUUCUGUUGAAGAAUACUUAGUGGUAAAACCACCGGACAUAGGUCCAGUUUGUUAUAAUUUCGAUCAGCGUGGUAUAUGUCCAUUUUCUUUUGCAUGCAGGUUCGCAAAUGCGCACACAUCUGGUACGAUGCAAAUCACCAAAUCUCCAAGCGUUUCAUACCAACAGACUUUAAAUGCCAGUUUUCUUCCACUUCGAAUUGCAUUGAGAAAAAGGAAGUAUAAUUUUGAAAAAAGUGAUCAGGCAGUUGCUGAUUUAUUGCAAGCAACAGGUUGCAUGGAACGUGAAAAAUUGAAAAUCGAUAUGCAUGAAUUAUCAGGAAAGUUAUAUUUGGCACCACUAACAACAUUAGGCAAUUUACCGUUUCGUCGACUUUGUGUGGAUUUUGGUGCUGAAAUAACGUGUAGUGAAAUGGGAGUUUGUACGAGCUAUCUGAAUGGUGCAUCUUUGGAAUGGUCAUUACUUAAACGCCAUCCAAGUGAAAAAUAUUUUGGUAUUCAAUUAGCAGGUGGUUAUCCUGACUCGAUGUCUCGUGCUGCACAGAUUAUUGCUGAAAAUGAGCAAAUAGACUUUAUUGAUAUCAACUGUGGUUGUCCGAUCGAUUUAAUUAAUGAAAAGGGUGGAGGAUGUGCUUUGGCUUCAAGAUCCAAUAAACUCGUUGAAGUCAUGAGAACAGUAUCAAGAGUAAUCGGAAAUAUUCCAUUAACUCUGAAAUUACGGACGGGAACUAAGGAAAGCGUUUACACCGCUCAUCAAACAAUCGCAAAGGUAGUUGAAUGUUGCCCACCACAGCUAAUCACCCUGCAUCCGCGCUCCAAGACACAAAGGUAUACAAAAUUGGCGGAUUGGUCUUAUACACGACAAUGUAGUAAGGCCUGUCAAAAUGUUCCAUUUUGGGCUUGUGGUGAUGUGCUUUCUUAUAUUGAUUAUUACGAGAAAUUAGAAACAUAUCCGGUUAAUGGCGUUAUGAUAGGUCGUGGUGCACUCAUGAAACCGUGGAUCUUCACAGAAAUUAAAGAAUAUAGGCAUUGGGAUAUUUCUGCUACUCAACGGCUCAAUUAUAUACAGAAAUUUGUUAAUUAUGGUUUGGAGCAUUGGGGCAGCGAUGAUGAAGGAGUGGAAAAAACCCGUCGUUUCCUCCUGGAAUGGCUUUCUUUUGCACAUCGUUACAUUCCUGUUGGUUUGUUAGAGGUUGUGCCGCAGCGCAUGAAUGAGAGACCACCAUUUUAUCAUGGCCGUUCCGAUUUGGAAACUUUGUUGGCUAGCGAUCGGUCCAGAGACUGGAUUAAAAUUUCGGAGAUGUUCUUAGGAAAGGUGCCGGAAAAUUUCUUGUUCAUACCGAAACAUAAUUCUAGUGCCUAUUAA